AAGUGUCCCUUCGGCCGCCCAACGGGAGUAGCGCAAACGUUCCAAUUGCGACUGCCUCCCAGGGAGGUGGAGAGACGCCAGGCCCUACCCUUGACUCCGCCGGGCCGCCCCUUCUCUGCUGGGAUCCAGAUGGCGGCGACGGUGACGCUGGAGCCUGCGGGCCGCUGCCGCUGGGACGAGCCCGUGCGCAUCGCCGUGCGCGGCCUGGCCCCGGGACAACCGGUCACGCUGCGCGCGUCCCUGCGCGACGAGAAGGACGAGCUCUUCCGAGCCCACGCGCGCUACUGCGCCGACGCCCACGGCCAGCUGGACCUCGAGCGCGCGCCCGCGCUGGGCGGCAGCUUCACGGGCCUCGAGCCCAUGGGGCUCCUCUGGGCUUUAGAGCCCGAGAAGCCCUUGCUGCGGCUGGUGAAGCGGGACGUACAGACGCCCUUCGCCGUGGAGCUGGAGGUGCUCGAUGGCCACGACCCGGAAGCCGGAGGGCUCCUGGGCCGGGCGGUGAACGAGCGCGACUUCCUGGCGCCGGGGGUGCGGCGCGAGCCCGUGCGCGUGGGCCGGGUGCGCGCCACGCUCUUCCUGCCGCCAGGCACAGGACCAUUCCCUGGAAUCCUCGAUCUUUUUGGAAGUGGUGGUGGCCUUUGUGAAUACAGGGCCAGCCUCCUGGCUGGACAUGGUUUUGCUGUGCUCGCUCUGGCUUAUUUCAGAUUUGAAGACCUCCCUAAAUAUUUGAAUAACGUGUGCCUGGAGUACUUUGAAGAAGCUGUGGACUUCAUGCUGCAACAUCCAAAGUCAGUAAUUUUUCCUUGAUGCUUAGUGGCUCAAAGAAGUUGAAGCCUAAAAGAAACUUAGUUGGAGACACUUAAAAACAACAACAGCAACAAAAAACAAAUCAAGGGCUUCCCUGGUGGCGCAGUGGUUGAGAAUCUGCCUGCCAAUGCAGGGGACACGGGUUCGAGCCCUGGUCUGGGAAGAUCCCACACGCCGCGGAGCAACUGGGCCCGUGAGCCACAGCUACUGAGCCUGCGUGUCUGGAGCUUGUGCUCCGCAACAGAGGCCGCGACAGUGAGAUGCCCGCGCACCGCGAUGAAGAGUGGCCCCCACUCGCCGCAACUAAAGAAAGCCCACGCACAGAAAUAAAGACCCAACACAGCCAAAAAAAAAAAAAAAGUUGGAUCAUAUAUUCAAAAACAAAAAAUCAUAAAAUAUAACCAAAUUCAGCCCAUUGUUCUGCUUUUGUUUGUACGCCUAAUGCCCUUGAAUGUACUUCCAUCAGGAUGAGAAAGGCCAAUGAACCAUUUUGAAAGCAAAUAUUGAUACAUGUUUUCGUCAACCACUGAUCCUUUAAGAAAUAUUUGUAUAAACCUGUUACAAUUCUCAGCAAACUGAAAACCACAAACACUUCUUAAUUCUUUCAGAGUAUCAUGGUUAAGCUAUUGUGUACAUUCAUUUUAAAUGGUCUUUGCACACUGGAAACAUAAAAGCUUGUGGGAAGCAUUCUGUUUUUUCAGGUGGUACAUGCAGAGAUGCACAACAUCCAAUAUUUAUGGCCACUAUAAUGAUGGAUGUGGGCGGCAGAAGUCAAAAUUCUUUGAGUUAGGGACUUCCCUGGUGGCGCAGUGGUUAAGAAUCCGCCUGCCAGUGCAGGAGACACAGGUUCAAGCCCUGGUCCGGGAAGAUCCCACAUGCCACGGAGCAACUAAGCCCGUGAGCCACAACUACUGAGCCCACAUGCUGCAACUACUGAAGCCCGCGUGCCUAGAGCCUGUGUUCCGCAACAAGAGAAGCCACUGCGAUGAGAAGCCCACACACCGCAACGAAGAGUAGCCCCGGCUCGCCGCAACUAGAGAAAGUGCUCGUGAACAACGAAGACCCAACGCAGCCAUAAAUAAAUAAAUUUAUUUUUUUAAAAAAAU